AUGAACAACAUUGAAAAUUGGGAGGAGGAGGAGGAGGAAGACGAAGAAGAGGAUUUGGAAUUCUCGAGAAAUUAUUUUCUAGCAAAGGAAGUACAAUCUUCGGUAAAGAAAUCAAAACGCAAGAUUACUGACAUUGAUGUUGUUGAUGAGCAGGAACUUAGGGAAGCUGCAUUGCACAUUCAACCAAAGCAUGAAAACGAGAUUGCAAAGUUAAUGGAUUCAUAUACAGCUAUGUAUCCUGAAUGGCUUCUCUCCCUAAGCUGUGGCUUCGCUCUUCUAAUGUAUGGCUUUGGGUCUAAGAAGGCUUUGAUUGAAGACUUUGCUUCAAAGACAUUGACUGAAUAUUCUGUAGUCGUCAUUAAUGGGUAUCUUCAGACUAUAAACUUAAAACAGGUUCUAAUAACUUUAGCUGAACUUCUAUGCGAUCAAGUGAAAGCUAAACGAAAGGUUUCCGGCCGGCAGCUCAGUUCUCAAUCUAUAGAAGAUCUUCUUACAUUUUUGUAUGAAGUGGAAGUAGAGGACAAGGAUUGUUUUGUUUGUGUAGUCAUUCACAAUAUCGACGGACCAGGAUUAAGAGACUCUGAUACCCAACAAUAUCUCGCCCGACUGGCUUCUUGUACCCAUAUUCGUAUGGUUGCCUCUAUUGACCAUGUUAAUGCUCCCCUGUUUUGGGACAAGAAUAUGGCUCACACACAGUUCAAUUGGUGCUGGUAUCAUGUUCCUACAUUUGCCCCAUAUAAGGUUGAAGGCAUGUUCUAUCCUCUUAUUCUUGCACACGGCAGUGCCAGCCAAAGUGUCAAAACAGCUUCAAUAGUUUUGCAAAGUUUGACACCCAAUGCCCAGAGUGUAUUCAAAGUUCUUGCUGAAUAUCAAAUUUCUCAUCCCGAUGAAGGAAUGCCAAUCAGUGAUCUUUACUCAGUCUGUCGUGAACGUUUCCUUGUUAGCAGCCAGGUUACCCUGAAUUCUCAUUUGACGGAAUUUAAAGACCACGAGCUGGUCAAAACCAAGAGGCAUUCUGACGGUCAAGAUUGCUUGCACAUCCCUCUAACAACAGAAGCACUUCAAAAAGUUCUACUCGAGAUCAGUUAG